CGAAGAUAAGAAAGACAGUUCUUUUCCCCCCUUCAAGAAACAUGUUGUCAUGUUAGCUCAUUUCCUGUACUUUGACGAUUAUGAUGAUGCCACUCUCUGUCUCUGUCUCUCCCUAGAAUAUGGAAAUGGCUGUCUCGCUUUCCGUCUCUCUCUUCGCAACGAACUCCAUCCCUUCCCCAGGUUCCUCUCUCUCUCUCUCUCUCUCUCUCUCUCUCUCUCCGUGAGUUCCUGUCGUUUUGGAACAUAAAGUGACCAUUUUGAGGAGACCCCAUUUGGAAACGGCAUUGAAACUCCUGUCUGGCUGGCUUUCAGGGGGAACUGGAAGAUGUAAAUACACUGCUUUUGUUCCACCAAACCGCUUCUGCGGGCGCAGUUUGAAGCGAUUGCUGAGUGAUUCGAAUCGUUUGGUAUGGAACAGAGAACACUUCCAAUACGAGUAUUCACUGUGGGCAAGAAGAGAUCCCCUGCCGUGCAGCUAUUAGUGGACGAGUACGCGUCCAAGCUCCGGCCUUAUUGCGCCGUCGAGGAUGUCCAAGUUCGCUCCAACCCUAGAAAUGCACGUGAGAAGGAGGCUCAAAUUGUCGAUGAAGAUAUGGCAGUUAUGAAUCUUAUUAGACCUGAUGAUUGGGUUGUGCUGUUGGAUGAGCACGGGACAGACAUUGAGUCAGAGGAGAUGGCUGAGUUGAUCGGUGGUGCUGCGGAUAAGGGAGCUUCAAAGCUAUCAUUUUGCAUCGGUGGACCUUAUGGUCAUGGAUCAAAAUUGAGAGAACGUGCCAACAUAUCGAUCAAGUUAUCUUCCCUGGUCUUGAAUCACCAAAUUGCACUUGUUGUGCUGAUGGAACAACUCUACAGGUCAUGGACAAUCCUGAAGGGGCAAAAGUACCAUCACUAGCCAUUCCACCUUUCUAUCUGAUGUUGCUACUUAUGUGGGGAGUGGAAUUUUUAUGCUCUUUGCAUCCUAUGCAUCCUUAAUUUCUUACAUCUAUGUCGAUUUCCAUAGACUUAAGGAGCAUACUUACGGAGAAAGAAAUGUUCUAACAGAGUGCGUGGGGCUGUAGAUCUGCCUUACGUGCCUUAUUUUGUUCGCCUUUCCCAGCCAAUGUUAAGGACAAAUUCUGAGAGAGAUUCAGCGACUCACUUGCUGGUUAACAAAGCCGAAUGUAUAAUGUACUUGGAUUCUGAUCGAGUCGAC